AUGUGGAAGUGCUUUGAGAAGGCGAUUCAGGGUGAGUAUAUGACACACAAGGAGGCUGGAUUUGAUUGUCUCAAAGCCCUUUCUGAGCAAUUCAAAGGUACAAAUCAAGGUGAAAUUCGGGAAAAACUCAAUGGCCUGGUGAAACAGUUUCUAGACGCAGAAAAUCGAAAGCAGCAACCGCAUCUAUUGAUCCACCUGGAUGAGCACAGGAAACUGCUUUGCUUGGACAGUGCGACGGAGAAUAGUUGGAGAGAACAAUGUGGCCAAAAAUUUGUGACAGCCGUGAAUGAGAAGUGUGCAAAUUUCCGCAGAGGCGCUUGGCAAGCGCUGACGGAGCUGGCAAACACCCGGAUCAUUGCAACCUACGUUGAUUUUCCUUACGAACUCCCCGGCGGUACGGGAGAAUCUUCGGCAGGCUGUCGAACUGCAGUGGCCAAGCCUGUUUUGGACGUGGCAAAACUCAUGGAAUAUCUAUAUCAGCUUCGCUUGCCAAAAUUGUUGGAAGAUAUAUGCAUCCAUGCCCACAACAAGAGACGCCUUGCAACAUUGCAAAUUUGUUUGGGCUUGGUGUUGGACGGAGAGAAUACCAUCCAGGCAACCUCACAGCGGCAAAGCAUCAGUUUGGCCGGGAUUUGGUGCGAAGAUACCCCCUCAACCAAUUUCCUCAAUGAAUUUGCUGAUUUGUCUCAAAAGGCACAGUCAGCGUAUGAAGAAUAUGGCGACGGCAACAAGUGCUUGAAGGAAAUGUUGACAAGCUGCCAGAAAUUGUGCAAGGAAACAUUCCAGGCGCACUGCAGCCAGCUUUGGCAAGCCAAUGUUCAAGACCUCCUUGAUCUAUUGUUGGGGAUGCCAGAGACCAAAGUUGCAGGGCGAAUUCGCGCAGUGGACUCAGGCCUGAUCUCACUAUGGGGAGGCGAGUCUCUCACAGUUUCCUUGAAGGUCUUGCUCAAUGCCUUGCCCUUUGACACGGAUUGCACGAAACCAUACAGGACGCUGUUCAAACAGUGUCAACCAUGUUUGCGAGAUGCCAUUUUUGAAUCGAGUGAUGAUGCGAGCACAGAUGUGUGCGCAAACAGAAUCCUGGAGGCAUCAUACAUGUGGACCAUAGCCAUGCAGCAAUACCGGAAACACGAACCGAAUGUACGUGUGCCUAUUUCGGGUCAGAAAUUUACUGACGUGAAGCUUGACGGUCGGAUUUUCGCCGUGGAGAGGGAUCAGCAGGGACUGUUUAUUAGUGUGGACUUGCAAGGCAUCAGAAAUCUCAGGCCUGGAGUGCUUUAUAGAGCGCAGGACAAGCACCAGAAUGGCACCCACCCUUGGGCAGACAUGUGGUACGCCACCUUAUGUCCAUGCGUCAUUUUCUUCGGAAUCGAAGCGGACAUAUUUGUGCUGGCACCCAACCUGGCUGAUGGAAGUCUAAGCGAAUCUGAUAAGAAUUGGCAGAUUGUACAGGCGGCCAGUCCUGCUAGACGCCAGUUGGGUGGUUGGCAGAUUGUACAGGCGGCCAGUCCUGCUAGACGCCAGUUGGGUGGUCUUUCGCAGCUCCUGGUAUGGCUGGGGUCUGACGAAAUCGACAAAGAAUCUUCUCCACAGAAGCCUACACAAGGAGCCCGUUUGAAUUUCCUACCGUUCGUGGCUGCCAGGAAAAAGAAGAAUUCAAGCAAAAACAAGCGCCGUGCUGAGAUUAGAAAGUGUUGA